AUGGAGACAAAUCCACCAACCUCUGAGGUAAUGUCGCCGGUCCAUAGUUUCCCCAACAGGUUCUUUAGCAGCGACUUCCAUAAUGAUGAGGAAUUAAAUGCUCAAGCUUCUGUAUACACUUAUAUGCCUGUUGAUGGUUCUCGAUCAUCUGAAGUCCCUGUUAGAUCACCGGAUGUUCUGAUCUCCAACAAGUUCAUGAACAGCGCUUUUCAUGAUGACGAGGUUAUGGAUAAUGAACAAGCAUCCCAAGAUUCUGGCUUGCAGUUCAUGCCGGGUGCUGGUUCUGGAUCAUCUCAUGGCCCUUCUGUGUUUGCUGAAUCAUCACGUGGCCCUUUAGACGGUUUUUCUGUUAAAAAAGGGCAAACUAAAGUCUGGAAUGGAAUUCCCACACACAAGUAUCUUCGAUGCUCAAAAUAUGGAAAACCACAACCCAAGAGGACUUUUGACACCCUAGAUGAAUCUUCUCUAAAGCCUCGGAGGACCAACUUCACAUGGUGUGACUGUAAGGCAAGCAUUCUAGUCUCAAUCUCGAAUGAUUCAUACACAGUUCUGAGUUUCAAUGAUAUUCAUAAUCAUGAACUUGUUGAGAGUUACAACCGUGAUCUUAGCAAGAUAUCACGGAAGCUGUCAUUCUCUACCAAACAAUUCAUUCACAAUAUGAGUCUAAACCGUAUCGGACCCAUGAGAGCUUAUAGAUGUCUUGUAGCUUUAAAAGGGGGGCAUCACAAUGUCAAUGGGACUCCGGUGGAUUUUAAAAACUUUAGCCACCAGUUGCGAAUUUUUAUUGGUGAACGCGACGCACAAGUUUUCCUCGAACGCCUGCGUGAGCGCUUUGACAACCUACCCAACUUCUAUUUUGAUUACACUGUAUCAAAUGGAAAGUUGUCUUCUGUAUUCUGGGCUGAUGAGAUUUCAAAGCUAAACUACAAAGCUUUUGGCGAUGUCCUCGCCUUUGACGCGACUUAUAGCACUAACAGAUACAAGAUGGUUUUUGUGCCAUUCACGGGUGUGGAUCAUCAUUUCCAAUGUGUUACAUUUGGAGCGGGUUUGAUAUCAACCGAGUCCAUUGAAUCUUAUGUGUGGUUGCUUAAGGCUUUCUUGAAGGCACACGGUACUCAACCAACUCUCGUACUGAGUGAUCAAGACCCAUCCAUGCUUCAAGCUGUUCCUAUGGUCUUUACCGAAUCACGCCACCGUCUAUGCAUGUGGCAUAUAAUGAAAAAACUACCCUCCAAGAUCUCUGCGGAUGUUCUUGAUAACACUGAUCUUCGGUCCUGCAUUCACCGGUUGGUUUGGAAUGUUUAUAUCAAACCUGAAACGUUUGAGUCCUGCUGGAAUGACCUCCUACAAACAUUUGGACUUCAAUCCCACACCUGGUUGAACGACAUGUACAACAUCAAGCAUCUUUGGGUACCAGCCUACUUCAGGGAACUGCCCAUGUGUUGCUUAAUGAAGACCACUUCACGCCGCGAAAGCUCUAACGCUGCCUUCAAGGUCAACUCAACAAGCGCAAACACCCUUGUACAAUUUAUGAUGUGCUUUGAAAAUAAGGUAGACAGCCAACGAUAUCGGCAACGUGUAUCGGAGUACAAAACCUCAUCCACGGUGUUCACGGGCAAUACUGAUUUAGCGAUAGAACAGCACGCGUUCGCCAUUUACACAAACGCUGUUUUCGCGCAAGUUCAAAAGGAGAUAAUUAAAGGGAAGUUUUUAUGCUACAUCACAAACCAAACCGAGUCCAGCAAUUCCACUCUUUUGAUAGACGUCACUCAUUUGGAUAAAAGGAACAACAUCACAAACGUGUAUCAGGUUACGUAUAACACUGUAGACCACUUCGCCAAUUGCUCAUGCAGGAAUUUCACACGUAUCGGAUAUUUGUGUCGCCAUAUCUUUUGCGUCUAUCGAUUGAAAAAUGUUGCAAAGAUACCACCCCAAUACAUAAACGAUAGGUGGCGCCGAGAUGCCCUCCCCAAACAGAUCAAUGUGCUUUCCAAGCAACCAUUGGGUACAAUUCAAAAUGAAACAAACGAGUGUGAAAUGGAAGAAAUAGUUGGGCAACCAAUCAACAUUCCAGUCGAAGUUGCUAAUCCAGAAGUUGUACGCAAUAAAGGAUGUGGUACUCAUACUCGCAUUUCCGGGCCCGGUGAGAAGGCAAAGGCAAAACCACCAAAACGUCCAAAGCAGCUUCGUUUAUGCAAGCGUUGUGGUCUGUAUGUCGACGACCACGACUCACGCAACUGCGUUAAGGUGGCCGCAAUGAAAGCAGCAAAGGCAGCUGCUGAACAACAAAGGCAGACCGCCCCUGGUGCCUCACCCUCUGAUUAA